AUGGAAGAAUUUGAAGUCGAUUUGAACUGUUUGCAUCGAGCAAGAGAAUUUGCUUCACCACCUCCUGAGGAACAGUUCCAAGAUAUUGACAAGAAGGUUCCAGUUGAACUGCCCGAGCCGUGGCCAGUUGAAAGACAUAUUGAAUUUCGAUAUGUCACCGGGAAGUAUUCUGCUUACGGCCCAGGCAUUAUUCGCGACGUGUCCCUGACGCUAUGUCCCGGAGAGCGGGUCGCUGUGGUGAGCCGGAUUGGUAGUGGGAAACCCACGCUUGCCCCUCUACCUGCUCGGGCUUACGAAUAUCGCUCGGAGGUCGGUAUUGAUCGACGGAAUAUACCUCUCCAAGGUGUCAUUUAG